UCUAUCACCUCUUCUUUCCUCACCCAGCUGCUAGUGCCUUCCCCUCUGAUACUAUAUCCUAUGCACUCUGUAUAUAUCUAGUAGUUUAUGUGUUGUCUUAUAUGUGAACUCUUUAAAGAGAGGGACUGGGAUUUUUUGGUUUUGUUUUUGCUUCUCUUUGUAUCUUCAGUAUUUAGCUCAGGACCAGGCACAUGGUUGAUUGUUGUUGUUCAGUUGUUUUUCACUCAUAUCCAACUCUUUGUGACUUCAUUUGGGUUUUUCUUGGCAGGGACAAUGCAGUGGAUUCCCAUUUCCUUCUUGAGCUCAUUUUACAGAUGAGGAAACUGAGGCAAAUAGGGUAAACUGACUUGCCCAGGGUCAUAUAGCUAGUAAGUGUUGCAGACUGGAUUUGAAUUUAGUCUUCCUGACUCCAGAGCUGGAGCUCUCUCCCACCUGGAGCUCUAGUCAUGUAGCUGCCAUGUAGCAUUCAAUGGCAAGUGCCAGGGUCCAGGAUCGGUCCAAAGACGAGCCCAUCCAUUUCUUGCAGUGGUUCACCUAUAGCUUGUGGCAGAAUUCCUUUUCCUGUUGCAUGCUUACUCAUGCUCUGUGGGGUGGGGGGUGGAUGUGCCAUGCUCUUACUCUCCUGAUAACCCAUCUGCUUCUGGCCAGUGAUGUAAAUGUACCAGCUGCUUCCAAAGAACCACUCUGAAUGCUGCAGGAGGAAGAGGCCGGUCGAGCAUCAGUCUGCUCUGCAGUCUAGCCCUGUGUUCCCCAGUCAGUCGCCCGGUGCUGCCUCGCCUCGCCUCGCCUGAGAUCCCAUGUCUGAGAAUCAGACGGAGUAAUCCUCUUACAAGCCAGUGAUCUCUCCUUGUAGCUUAGUGUCAGGCUUUAGGCUGCUGCAGGAUGGGCUGCUGACUGAUGGUGCCUGGGAAAGCUUUGCUUAAAGGACGCUUGGCCAGAAGAGGAGCUGGAAGCUUGGUGUCCCCACGGUGGCCAGGAAGAAACCACAGGAAAUGAAGGCUCUCCUCUUACUGGUCUUGCCUUGGUUAAGUCCUGCCAACUACAUUGACAAUGUGGGCAAUCUUCACUUCCUGUACUCAGAACUUUGUAAAGGUGCCUCCCAUUAUGGCCUUACCAAGGAUCGCAAGAGGCGCUCACAAGAUGGCUGCCCAGAUGGCUGUGCCAGCUUGACGUCAACAGCACUCUCUCCAGAUGUCUCUGCAGCAGCAACCAUUGCCUUGAUGACCGAUGAGCCUGGCCUCGACAACCCUGCUUUCGUCUCUACCACAGAUGAUGGUCAAUCAGCCAACAGCCCAGUGGACUCUGGCCGAAUCAGCAGAGCAGCACAGCACUUUGAGCGAUCCACCAUCAGAAGCAGAUCUUUUAAAAAAAUAAACAGAGCUCUGAGUGUUCUUCGGAGGACAAAAAGUGGAAGUGCCGUGGCCAACCAUGCAGACCAGGCAAGAGAAAGCCCUGAGAAUGCUAUUGCCCCAGAAGUUUUCCCAAGAUUGUAUCACCUGAUUCCAGAUGGUGAAAUUACCAGCAUUAAGAUCACUCGAGUGGAUCCUAAUGAAAGCCUGGCCAUCAGGGUUGUGGGAGGCAAUGAAACUCCCUUAGUCCAUAUUAUUAUACAACAUAUUUAUAGAGAUGGAGUGAUUGCCAGAGAUGGAAGAUUACUACCAGGGGACAUGAUAUUAAAGGUCAAUGGUAUGGACAUCAGCAGUGUGCCUCACAACUAUGCCCUGAGACUCCUAAGACAGCCUUGCCAGGUGCUCCGGCUGACAGUCCUAAGGGAACAAAGGUACCGCAGCAGGACCAGUGGAUUGGCACUUGAGACUCAGAGCCCCCAUGAUGACAGUUUUCAUGUGAUCCUGAACAAAAGCAGCCCAGAAGAGCAGCUUGGGAUCAAACUGGUGCGCAAGGUGGAUGAACCUGGAGUGUUCAUUUUCAACCUCCUGGAUGGUGGUGUAGCCGAUCGGCAUGGUCAGCUAGAGGAGAAUGACCGAGUUUUAGCCAUUAAUGGACAUGACCUUCGGUAUGGCAGCCCAGAAAGAGCUGCCCAGCUGAUCCAGGCCAGUGAAAGACGUGUUCACUUCAUCGUGUCUCGGCAGACUCGACAGCAGGGUUCUGGUCCUGAUAUUUUGUGGGAAGGAGUCUGGAAUAGCAAUGGCAGCCCACCCUUGCACCAUAGUGAGAGGAGGAAUGCUCACAAGACUAUCCUUCAUGCUGUCACCUGUCAUGAGAAGGUGGUAAGUGUCCGUAAAGACUACACAGAAUCACUGGGCAUGACCGUUGCAGGAGGAGCAUCCCAUAGGGAAUGGGAUUUGCCUAUCUAUGUCAUCAGUGUUGAACCCGGAGGAGUCAUAAGCAGAGAUGGACGAAUAAAAACAGGUGACAUUUUAUUGAAUGUAAAUGGGAUUGACCUGACAGGCGCCAGCCGUGGGGAAGCAGUUGCCCUAUUGAAAAACACCUCCUCAGUUGUGGUGCUCAAAGCCUUGGAACUGAGAGAAUGUGAGUCCUUGGAGAAUGACAGCAACUGGCUGGCCCUGGAGUCCAACCAGAGCCCAGCCCACACCAGCGAAUGGUCACCAGCCUGGGUCAUGUGGUUGGAAUUGCCACGGUAUUUGUACAGCUGCAAAGAUGUAAUAUUAAGAAGGAAUACAGCUGGCAGUCUGGGUUUCAGCAUUGUAGGAGGUUAUGAAGAAUACAGCGGGAACAAACCAUUUUUUAUUAAAUCUAUUGUUGAAGGAACACCAGCAUAUAAUGAUGGAAGAAUUAGAUGUGGUGAUAUUCUUCUUGCUGUCAAUGGUAGAAGUACAUCAGGAAUGAUGCAUGCUUGUUUGGCAAGGAUGCUAAAAGAAUUGAAAGGAAGAAUUACUCUUACUAUUGUCUCUUGGCCUGGAACUUUUUUAUAGAACUGAUGGUGAGGAUGUGGUAGAAAACAAAACACAAACAAGCUAUUUAAAAUUUGACAUGAGAUUUUGACUUUUUUUCCAACUUUACUUUUUAAGAAAAAUGUAAACUUGCAUGUCAGGAAAAGUAGGGUCUCAAGAAAAAUGCUUCUCAAAAAACCUGAAAACUAUUAGUAGUUUUUCAUCAAGGUGAAAAGACUCAUUAUUUCAUGUCUCUAAGUUUAUAUUUUUCUAUUAAAUAAUAAAAACUCUUUAGCUGAAAA